UCUUGGUUGGAAGUGCUUUCUAUAGAAUGCACAAGUUGCUUUUAACUGUAGAAUAUUACUGUCAUGAGAUCAAAUAAUAACGUGAUAAAAAUAUUUUUAAUCAAAUAAUAACAAUUGCUAGUGUUUAAUAUCAAUAGAAGUAAUAAUGGUCCGAAGCAGUGAUAAGGAUAGACAUCAUAGAAGACGGUCUAGAUCAAGAUCAAGAUCACGUACCGGUACACCAGAAAAGAAACGCAGACGUUCCAGGAGCAGAGACCGAGAAAGAGAAAGGGAUAAGGGACGCCAUAGGGAAAGAAGGAGUCGUUCAAGAGAUAGGGACAGGGAAAGAAGUGAUAGAAGAGAACGCUCAGAUAGAGACAGAGAUCGUGACAGGAGAGAGAAACGUGGAGACAGUAAAGAAAAGCGUCUUACAGGCUCAAAGUCUUCACGCUCAGGUAAAGAGCGCUCCAACAGAUCUCGAUCAAGGGAUAGAAAGGAAAAGGAGAAAGGUGAAACUGAAGAAUUACCAUUCGAUCAUACAAAAUUAGAUAAGGAAGAGGAACAAAAACGGCUGGAACUAGAAAUGCAAAAGAGAAGAGAGAGGAUAGAACGAUGGCGUGCUGAAAGGAAGAAAAAGGAGUUAGAGGCAACUAAGAAAGAUGGUAAGACAUCUAUUUUGGCAAAUCUUCAAUUGCCUAUGAAAAAAUGGUCCCUCGAGGAUGACAGUGAUGAAGAAACGCCUGUGGUUCAGAAUAGCAAUAAGGAAGUCAAAGAGGAAGGCGCUUUGAAAGAAGAAGUAGAAGAAACUAAAGAAGAGACCAAAGACGAAGAAGAAGAAGUUGACCCUCUUGAUGCUUUCAUGGCAGAAGUCCAAGAAGAAGUUAGGAAAGUAAAUAAAAUUGACAGUAAAACUCCAAAGAGUACUAAUAAUGGUACAGGUCCUGGAAAUCAACAAAGUGGUGGUGUUGUUAUUGUCACGGGUGUAGCUAAAAAGAAAGUGCAGAAACAAAAAGGAGAAUUAAUAGAACAAAAUCAAGAUGGUCUUGAGUACUCCAGUGAAGAGGAAGGAGAAAAUCUUCAUGAGACAGCGGCUGGAAUUGCUAAUAAACAAAAAAGAGAACUAGCUAAAGUAGACCAUGCGACAACAGAAUAUCAACCAUUUAGAAAAUCAUUUUAUGUAGAAGUACCUGAAAUUGCUAGGAUGACACCAGAAGAAGUAGAAGCUUAUAAGGAAGAACUCGAAGGCAUACGUGUAAAAGGCAAAGGAUGUCCAAAACCAAUUAAAUCUUGGGCACAUUGUGGUAUAACUAAAAAAGAAUUAGAUGUUCUGAAAAAACUCGGAUAUGAAAAACCAACCCCUAUCCAAUGUCAAGCUAUUCCAGCUAUAAUGUCUGGAAGGGAUCUUAUAGGAAUUGCCAAAACUGGAAGUGGAAAGACAUUAGCAUUUUUAUUACCAAUGUUUCGUCACAUCCUAGAUCAACCUCCAUUAGCUGACGGAGAUGGACCAAUCGCAUUAAUAAUGUCUCCAACUCGAGAACUUUGUAUGCAGAUUGGACGAGACUCAAAAAAAUUCACAAAAUCUUUAGGUCUUUCGCAUGUAUGUGUAUACGGUGGUACUGGUAUAUCUGAACAAAUAGCAGAGUUAAAGAGGGGUGCAGAAAUAAUCGUUUGUACACCUGGAAGAAUGAUUGACAUGUUAGCAGCAAAUAGUGGAAGAGUUACUAAUUUACGUAGAGUGACUUACGUUGUCCUUGAUGAAGCUGAUAGAAUGUUCGACAUGGGUUUUGAACCACAAGUGAUGCGUAUAAUGGAAAAUGUUAGACCAGAUAGACAAACGGUUCUGUAUAGUGCUACGUUUCCAAGACAAAUGGAAGCACUUGCCAGAAGAAUACUUACUAGACCUGUAGAAGUACAAGUUGGUGGUCGUUCUGUAGUUUGCAAAGAUGUUGAACAGCAUGUGGUGGUAUUAGAGGAAGAUCAAAAGUUCUACAAACUUCUCGAAAUUCUUGGGCAUUAUCAAGAUAAAGGUUCUGCUAUUGUAUUUGUUGACAAACAAGAAAAUGCGGAUACGCUUUUAAAAGAUCUUAUGAAAGCUUCCUAUUCGUGCAUGUCUCUACAUGGAGGUAUUGAUCAAUGUGACAGAGAUUCAACGAUUUUAGAUUUUAAAGCUGGACGAACUAAAUUACUUGUUGCUACAUCAGUUGCUGCCAGAGGAUUAGAUGUUAAACAUCUUGUUCUUGUUGUCAAUUAUGAUUGUCCAAAUCAUUAUGAAGAUUAUGUACAUCGCUGUGGUAGAACUGGUAGAGCUGGAAAUAAGGGAUAUGCAUACACAUUUAUAACAUCUGAACAAGAACGUUAUGCAGGUGAUAUUUUACGUGCGCAUGAAUUGGCUGGGGUACCUGUUCCAGAACCUUUGCGACAAUUAUGGGAAGCCUAUAAGGCUCGCCAGGCAGCAGACGGAAAGAAAGUACACACAGGAGGUGGUUUCAGUGGUAAAGGAUUUAAAUUCGAUGAAUCGGAAGCAGCUUUAGCCAACGAGAAAAAGAAAUUCCAGAAAGCAGCUCUUGGUCUGCAAGAUUCCGACGAUGAAGAUAUUGAAAAUGAUAUUGAUCAACAAAUCGAAAGCAUGCUUGCUCCCAAAAGAACGGUUCGCGAAAUUGCAAGACCAUCUGCUGCAAAUAUUGCAGUUCCUGGUCAACCAGUGACAAGUGCUACUGAUAAAUUAGAAUUGGCUAGAAGACUUGCAUCCAAGAUCAACAUUGCUAAAAAUUUGGGUGCGGAAGCAAAAGGAGCUACCCAACAAGCAGCAGAAGCUAUACUUAAGGGUGCUGGUCCUACAAAUUUGAUUACGGCAAAGACCGUUGCUGAACAAUUGGCUGCUAAAUUAAAUACCAAACUCAAUUAUCAACCACGAGAAGAAGAUCUCGUAGAAACCGACUCUGAAACUGGCGAACAAACCUUCCGAAAGUACGAAGAAGAAUUAGAAAUAAAUGAUUUCCCUCAGCAAGCAAGAUGGCGUGUUACGAGCAAGGAAGCUUUAGCACAAAUCUCUGAAUACUCUGAAGCAGGCCUUACAGUUAGAGGAACCUACAUUGCUCCUGGUAAAGCACCCCCGGAAGGCGAAAGAAAAUUGUAUCUUGCAAUUGAGUCAACCAGUGAAUUAGCUGUUAGCAAAGCUAAGGCAGAAGUAUCUCGGCUUAUAAAAGAAGAAUUAAUUAAGUUGCAAGCAUCUGGAGCUCAUACUGCUUCACGAGGACGAUAUAAAGUUUUAUAAAUUACUUCAAUACAUUAACUGUUUAUAAAUAUAAUCUGAUGGAUUGACUAUGAUUGGAGAACAAAAAGAUUAUAAAUUUUAUUAUACAUACAGAUAAAAUCAAAUAUCAAUACAAAGUUUGUGUGUAUUUAUCAAUAUAAUAACAAAUUAUACUUAAUAACUUAAUAAGCAACAUUUAUAAUAAUUUUAUUGAUCUAAACUGCCAGAAAGUGGUAAAGACAAAAACAAACAAGACAAUGCAAAGAUUUUGUACAUUUUGAUUUUAUGAAAAUAUAAAAAUCAUGUUGGGUAUAUUAUAUAUUAUAUAAACAUUGAACACACGAAAUGAGUAUCGAACAUUUUUAAGGACGACUGAAUUUUAGGUUACUUAUUGUCUGGUAACUUAAGUUAGAAACUGUUGUUUAUGUACACUUAAUAUAGUACAACGCGAUAUAGGUCAAAAAACUCUCUGCGUCAUAGUAAACCGCGUUUUUGUACAUUCUCCUUAUCGUAAUUCUAUUUUUUCUUUGGUAAUACUAGAAUUAAAAAAACAUACAUUCUAUAAACCAUAACGUAUUAUAAAUAUAUAUAUAUAUAGGCACUAGAAGAAUCACAGACACAAGAUUGACGUUGUCAUAUAUGACAUCGUCACUAGGUAAUGUAAAUGCUUAGCACCUUGAACGAUUCAAGAAAGGGAUCAGAAUCUGUCAUUCACUUUUGUAAAUUUACUAAUGUAAUCGAAUCAGAAAUGUUCCAAAAAUAUAAAAUAAAUAUUCUACUAUAUUUCUAAUGUA